AAAUCUGAAAACUAAAAUCUUCAAGUUGUACAAUGCUUUUUGAACCAUUUCAAUAUUAUUAAUUUUGCACAAGUGAUAGCUCAUUGAUAUCUUUUUGUGGUCAGGAGUCCCUUUAAUCUUUGUGGAUGAUGUAUUUGUGCGAUAAAAUAUGUUCUUAACAAAUUAUUUUUCCGUUUACGGGCCACCGAAAUGAUUACAUUGACUGUAUUAUAACUAUACACAAAUAUAAAAAAAAAGAAAAAGCAUACUUAUAUGUUACUGAUUACACUUUCGAUAGCGUGUGUACAAAAUGUCGGCUGCGUCUGUGAUAUCGCCGCUGAUCCGUAGCUGUCAUUUUACUAAUUAUAUAUUGCAGGUUAGAGAGAGAGAAAUUUAAACCUGUUAGUGAGUGGCGAAUAUUAGAUUUGUCGCAGCAGUAUUCUCUGUGGUGACAACUGGAUAUCUGAAGGAUAUAUGAAGCGUGAUACAUGCAUCGUACAAAGUUAGAUUUUAUCGGAUUAUAUGUACGGAGGUUAUAGCAUCAUCGUACAGAGAUAAAGGACAAACCAUGGCUUUCAACGAAAGCUGACUUUACGAUAGGAAGAAUUGAGCUCGGAAUUCUCCAACGUAAUGGAGUUAAAGGUGUGGGUCGAAGGAAUACAACGUAUCGUGUGCGGCGUUAGAGAAGACUCUACCUGUCAGGAUGUAGUACUUGCAAUCGCUAAUGCUACAGCCCAAACAGGUAGAUUUAUUUUGGUAGAACGUUGGAGGACCAAUGAACGUUUGUUAGCUCCUUAUGAAAAGCCUCUUAAGAUUUUGAUGAAGUGGGGUGAAUAUUCCUCUGAAGUACAACUGAUUUUGAGGAAGUCUGAAAAUAACAAAACAAAUGCUUUACCAUCUCGCUUAACAUAUGUACCACGUGCAAAUGGGUUACCAGUUUCAUUAUCUGAACACGGAACAAGUUCUACUGGUACCCAAGAUGACACCAAAAAUAUAUCGAUCUCACAAAGUUCAGAUUUUGAUGACAUGCAAGGAGGAUUGGAAAGGAAUAGGGAUACCAGAAAAUCACUCACAUUCACUGGAUUUCAUGGAGGUAUUACAGAAGGCAAUAGCGAGAUUCAAAUGGAAAAUGUUGCUGUAGUUCAACCUACAUUACAUUUGAAAAAUAAGGACUUGAAUAUUCGGAAAAAUAUACAAAAACCUGCUCAAUCACCUACACGAGGAGCUAGUACCGAAAUCACCACACACUUGUCACAGAAAAAGGUGCGCGAAGUUCCGCCUUACAGAGAGCCUCCAGGCCCAGCUUCACCGCCAUUAAGAACUUUACCACCUUAUCGAGAUCCACCACCGCCGAAUUUAAAUAGUCCUGGAAGAUCACAGUUCGUGCCUGGUAGCGGAUCUCAUGUUCACAAAGACGACCAACCAUCUUCUAGUAGUUCCAUUAAACUGAAAAGGAACCUCAUUCAGGAAUUUCAAGACACAAAAGUUCCGACACAAUCUGUCAAUCCACUGCCUACCACGGCACAAAAUAUGGCAACUGUUGUUUACACUCAGCGAUACGUUGAACUUAUAAGACUAGUCAAUAAGCAACGGGACACUAUUAGUGCUCAGCAAGCUGAUAUUUCAAAAUUUGAUGCAGAAAUAUCGUACUGGGAAUCCAAGAAUAGGGAACAGAUACAUCAAAUGGAUUAUAUUUCCCAGGAAGUCAAUCGCAUUGAGUCCAGUGGUCGUAUUAUUGAAGAACAGCUUAAAGAAUUAGCUCAUGUAGAAGAAGAGAGUGAAAUAGUAAGACAGCAAGAAAAAACACUAAAGUCGGAAAUAACAUUGCUCAGAUCAAAGUUGGCCAAUUGUGAGACGGAACUGCUUCAAUGUAAAAAUAAGAUCAGAUUAGUUAUGGAAGAGCUUGCGAUGGAGCAACAUAAUAUAAAUCGUGAGACAGAUGAGCGGCAAAUCAUGGAACGGAAAAUAAUUAGUGAAGUGGAACAUUUGCAAAAUGAAGUGGAACAGGCUAAACGUGCAACCGAGUUAGCUUCACAGUGUGCGGAAUCUUUAAAAUUAGAAGUAGUCAAUUUGGAAUCAGCUAUUGUUGAGAAGAAACUACAAGUUGAGAGAUUGGUUGCUGACAUGAAGGAAGCAAAUUUGCAAAGUUUAGCCGUUGCAUGUUCAGAUGAGCAAGUCAAAUCUUUAUUAGAGGGAGCCCAUAAACCUGGAAGUACCCGUAAGAUGAUAGGAUCACCGAGACAGUUGGAGACUGCAGUACCCACAAGCAAAAAUCCGCAUGGUGUGUGGGUGUAAACAAAAAACACAGUAUAUCUGCCACAAUGCUCUCUUGAGUAAGAAAUAUAUCAAAGAAUCGUACACAUAUGGAAAUAUUCCUAUGUUUAUAUAGUUUUAUAAUAAGUAUGUCAACUGAUUUCUUCAUGUUUUUACGCAUUUAUUGCAACAUUAAUUGGUGUUACUGUUCUACGUACAUUUUACGCCGCUGAUAAGAUUUUUAAUUUAAUUAUCAUGCCAUAAUGUGUGGCCCUAUUUACAAGAUAUUAAAAUUGUUGAUCAGACUUAUAAAUUGUUAUAUGACACAUUUGAGGCUUUCACGGUAUAGAAAAAAUUAUAAAUUGUUUUUUUUAUAUAACAAUUUAUAACAAUACAUUUAAGAACUAUAUGUUUUUAGAAAUAUUUAAUAUAUUGUGUACCAGGAAUAUUAUUCAACAUUGCAUGCUAAUUUAUUAAAGAAAGUUAUUUUGAUUUUCAAAUACUUAAAAAGUAUUUGACAACAAGAAAUGUUAUCUCUUUGUAUCUAAGGUAGUAUAUCAGAUAUUUAGGCAUUAGUUACAGUUUGUAUAAAAAGUAACUGAUCUUCAAAACCAAGAUUAAUAUUAAAAAUGCAUUUAUUAGUGUGUAUUGCCAAUAGCUAUUUUUAUAUUAGCUAUGACAUUGAGACUCAAGAGAUACUUUGCCAUAAUAGAUUUAAUUAUAGUUACAAUGUACUUAAGUUUUACAUUUUAAUUACAAACAUUAACA